UAUUUCCUGCAUCCGGUCCUGGAUGGGCUGGCUCUGACAACGGGUGAGCAGCAUGGAGGUUCAGUCGGAAUCCCAGUCUGGCCCGACCUGUUCGUCGUCCUCCCAGAACCACUCUGGGGUCUCAGUGUCCAAGGAGCUGCUGACGGCGGGGAGCGGCGGCCAAGGAGGUAUAUGGGAUAAGCUGCUCAUCAACUCCAAGCCUAAUUCCAGAAAGAAUUCCACUCUUCAAACAGUUCGGAUAGAGAGGAGUCCCUUAUUGGACCGAGUACAGACGUUUCUCCCACAGAUGGCUCAGGCAAAUGAACAACUAAAAAAAGAAAUGGCAGCUGCACCACCUGGUUGUUUCAAUAUUGAAAAUAUUGAUGAGACUCUCGGAAAAGUUAUACAAAUGGAUGUGGCCUUGUUUGAGAUGAAUCCAUCUGAUUCAAAAGAAGAGGACAGUUCAGAAGAGAAUUCACAAGACAGCUCAGCCUCUGAGGACGAAGAUGACAGCACCUCUUCCGAAGGUGAAAUCACCAUCGAUAACAUUAAACUUCCUCAUUCAGAAUCUGGAAAAGGCAAGAUAGAGGUUCUGGACAGUCCUGACAGUGAAAAAAAAGAAACAGGGAAAUAAACAAUCUAAGAAACAGGGAUGAAAGCCAGAUUGAAGAAAUUAAAAAAAAAAAAAAAAAGACUUUACCUUCAACUCAAUGGAAUUUAAAAGGAGAGCACUUUUACUGCUGCAAAUAUACUGCCAAAAGUCAUCGGGGAAGAGAAAAUGUAAAAAUACCUCAAAUUAACCAAAUUUAUGUUAGUAGACUCUAAUUUUGGUAAAUUACAAACAUUUCCAUUUUUGAAACAGCACGCCAGACGACUGACUGAGGGGUGUGAGAACGUGGACUCCACAGCCAGACUGCCCGGCUUUGCAUUCUCUCUGCCAGGGGCUGGCUGGCUGACUUUGAGCAAGUUACCCAACCUCUCUGAGCCCCAUUUUCCUCACCUGUAAAAUAAAGAUACUAAUAGCAUCCACGCUCCCAUGGCUACUGUGGGGGCUGCUUGUGCUAUUACAAGCAAAGUAGUUAGACUAGGGCCUGGUACGUAUUUAGUGUUCAAAGUAAGCUAUAACUGGAAGUGGGAUGUGUCGCUGCCCACAGUGAAUUACAUUUUAGGCUCAAUACAAACUCUAAAUCCGAGCUCCCAGAUGCCCAGAAAACCCUGCCAGUUUUACUGUUGACUCGGAAAGACUGCCAAGCAGCUCGAGACAGCAUUUAUUCUUGGAGCUAGCUGGUUAUUGCCUUCUACCCCUUUUCCUUUCUGGUUCCACUUGGUCCCAUGAAAUCUAAACCAAAUUGAUGCGGAAUGGCAGGUUAAAAAAAAAGAAGAAGAAAAAAGAAGCAGUUUAGCUAAAAGAUAUAGUCAGGGUUUUCUUUGCAACAUUCAUCUUUUUUCAGAAGACACUUUCCCAUACCAUUUGUGUACUUUUCCAUAGGUACAUUAUGUUCAAUAAAAGUGGACAACAUUGAAAGAAAAGAAGAGUGCCCUUGAAAGCCAAGACCCGACUGCUGUGUAAGAAACGCCCUUCAGAGCGAUACACCAGGGCUGCAGGAAGCAUAAAGCAAUGAGGGGAACAUGCAGCAGAAAAGCAAGGCAUACCUAGGUCUUUUCCAAAACCAGACUGCUUAAAUCCACCAAAGGGGGCCGCCACAUCCGUCUUGUUGUAGGUGUUAAUAAAAACAGUUCCUGCCUCCAGUUUUUCACUCACAUACAUGGCUUUAUUUAUGUCUCGUGUAAAAACGCCUGAGGCUAAGCCGUACUCGGUAUUAUUUGCUCGCUCCAACACUCCAUCGAUGUCCCUGCAAGAUGUUUUUAGGAAGACAUGAAACCUCAUUAAAUGUAAAGCCAAACACUUUCA